AUGUCUCCUCCCCGUAAACGCGUGAGGAGAACUUUCUCAGCAUGCUGGACAUGCCGCCGGCGACGAGUUAGAUGCGACGGCGUUGUGCCGGGAUGCACACCAUGUCGGAAGCACAGCGUGGCAUGCGAGGGAUACAGCGUCGAAUUGGUUUGGGUCGACCCUUCCACAGGGAAAUACCCGCCUUUAUCUCGCCGGUCACUUGACUCAGCUCAUACGUGGGAUGGCUGGCCAAUCCUGGAUGACGAGCAGCUAGAAAGGCUGAUUGAUGGAGAUACUGACGGCAGCGGAACGCAGAUAGGCCAGCUUGAGGCGAAUCCCUUUACGGUAUUUGAGACUUCAAAUAACCACAGAAGUCCUAAAAACUCCCCAUACGAAGACCUUGUUCAACUACAUCAUCGUGUCAACAGAAGAGAUAUCCAUGAGGAGUCGAAAUUGUCAGAAAAGUCAGAUUGUGCUCUCUUCGACGAAGGCGUAUAUGUUGGCAAUUUCCCAUUCGACGAAUUCACAUGCUUGGAACCCUUUUCUGACAUCGUGGGUCCUCAUCGGCAUUCAUCGAUUACCCUUGAUUCGCCCAUAUUAUUGGACACAUUGGACUGUCUCCCGGAUCUGUACGCACGUUGUGAGGAAGAGCUCACAAAUUUGGGUAACGAAAUACGAGAUGUAACGGACAGCAUCGCAGCCUUGCCUAAGAAAAGUCAAAUACCCCGCUCAAUUUCGCCGAUACCGAAUACUUUCCGAUCGAACUCAGACGACGCUGCAGUAUUCUAUCAUUAUAUGACUUGGGUGGCGCCGCUGAUGGUUCCGGUUGAUGAUGCGGACAAUCCGUGGAAAUCAGUGUACCCGUCCACAGCCUUACAAGAUACAUCACCGGCGUCUUGCGCUCUAUACCAUGCGAUAUUGGCACAAGCAGCCUUCAAUCUAGCAAAUUUAUAUGGCGAUACGAAUGAUGAUGGUCCAAAGAAAACCGCUCAAGGGCUCGAGCAUUAUGGGGCUUCCUUGCAUAAACUAUACCAGUGCUUGGGCUCUUCAACAGAAGAAGAAUACGAUGCUUGCAUGGCGACGCUUUAUACCCUGGUUAUUACAGGAGCUUAUGCUCGACAGAAGUUACCCUGGCGUGACCACUUUGGUGGCGCAGGAGGCAUGGUGACCAAGUUCCUAGGACAGCAACCGUGGGCGCAAUCAUCACGAUCUUGGGUCAUAUCUCAGAGUCUUGCCCUUUCGUUCGAAAUUGCACAAACAUCCAACACUCACAGAAGAGAACAAUCCUCUAUUACAGAUACCUUAUUGGGGGGUGUCUCCUCAAAGUGUGAAUUUGGCUUCACUAUAGGAUCUUCUGGUCAGGUCUUACAAGUCAUCUCCAAUAUCAGGCUCUUAGUCGAGCGAAUGGCUACAGGGGACAUUCCUGAAAACCCGGGCGAGCUGAUUCAAAAAUACAUAGCCGAACUAACAUCGCCAUCAGAGAGUACGGAACAUUUUGACAUCGAGGAAAUUUGGGAAAAUACUCCUAGAAAGGACCGGGCUGAAUAUCUUCAACGGUUGCAUCUGCGGCUAUUCAGGAACGCAGCGAUCAUAUAUCUCUUCCGAACUGUCCUAAAUGUUCCGCCACAGGGUGUCGUAAAAUAUGUCUCUACAGUUCUUCAAGACACACUCUAUUUCAUACAGCUUCAUGGAGGAGCUGUCUCUAUGUGGCCUGUCUUCAUAGCAGCUGUUGAGGCAUAUGAAGUAAAGGAUCAACAAAUAGUUGAACAAUGGUUCGACAUAUCUGGUCAACUUGGCAUUCAGAAUCGUCGAACAGCGAGGGAGGUCAUUCGCGCUGUGUGGGAGAAGAGGUCGCAGGAGGCAAAAAAUAGAGGCCUCAAGCAGAGUCAAAUAGCAAUUGACUGGAGGGAAGUUCAGCAAUUUCUUGGUCUUGAUCUCCUGCUUCUUUGA